AUGACGCUGCAACGGUGCAGUCCAAGUCCAGACCUCAACCUGAUGAAGAAGCUGUGGUUGGACCAGCUGAGCUGCACAGAAGGGCUAACGGUGACAUCAUCAGGAUGGCAGACCAUCCAAAAGGCUCAAGGAGAGGGAGUGAUUCUGGGCUGCAGGUACUCACCUGGUCCAUCAGACACAGGAGACCUGGACAUUGAAUGGUCUGUGGUCAGUCCGGACUCUACAAAAAAGGACAGAAUGCUCUUGUCGUAUACGAGCGGCGCUAGGCACCACCACGGUGACCAGGCGUUUGCAGAAGAGCUCAGCUUCGCUUCAGGUGACCCCUCCAGCGGUGACGCCUCCCUCUCAAUCCCUCGGCUGUCGCCUGCCCACAGUGCCACCUACCAGUGUAAAGUGAAGAAGUUGCCUGGGGUCGACUCACGCAAGAUGUCAUUGGUGGUAAUGGUGAAGCCAUCAGCCCCUAAGUGCUGGUUGGAUGGGGGGGAGCUGGUUGGAGGAGCGGUGUCUCUUCACUGCACGUCUGCUGAAGGCUCCACUCCCUUGGAGUACAAGUGGAGGAGAGAAAGUAAAGACCCGCUGCCUGCUGCUGCCACACAGAACGGAGAGACCGGAGAGCUGAAAAUCAACAACCAUUCUCAAAGCUUUGCCGGGGUCUACGUCUGUGAGGUGAACAAUGCCGUUGGAGCUGAAUACUGUAGGAUCUACCUGAAAGCCAAGAAGCCUCCAAACAGAGCUGGAGUGAUUGUGGGCAACACUAUGGGGUCCCUGCUCCUCAUCUUCAUCUUCCUGGUCCUCGCUGUUCUUCUUUACUGGAAGCUAAGGAUUAAACGUCGAUAUGAGAAGGAGCUCUCAAACGAGAUCAGAGAAGACGCGCCGCCUCCCGAAAGUCGUCCGGCGAGUCGGCGCCUCCAUCAGAACCCACAGCCGAAGUCCCGUCAGACGGACGUGAGCGAGGCGAAGCCUUCCAACGUGGGACGAACACGCAGCCCCUCCAGCAACAGCCGUGGACAAACACCCGUCAAAUACGCCGCGGCUGAAUAUGAAAGCAGAUACGCAGUGUGA